CUUUCACUCACCUAUAAAUUUAUUGUUCAAAACCCUAGCCCCAUAAAUCGUUGCGCGUAUACUCUUUCGCUCUCAGAGUGCAGGCGUAGAUAUCCGCAGCCAAGGUAAACGGAAGCAUGGCGACUUCACCGGUGGAGCACGUUCAAUGUUUCGGGCGUAAGAAGACGGCGGUGGCCGUGACCCACUGCAAGCGCGGCCGUGGACUGAUCAAGAUCAACGGAACACCGAUCGAGCUGAUCCAGCCUGAGAUCCUCCGUUACAAGGCCUGUGAGCCUAUCCUCCUAUUGGGCCGCCACCGCUUCGCCGGCGUGGACAUGCGCAUCCGUGUCAAUGGAGGAGGUCACACAGCUCAAAUCUACGCCAUUCGUCAAUCCAUCGCCAAGGCCCUCGUAGCCUUUUACCAGAAGUAUGUCGACGAGCAAUCGAAGAAAGAGAUCAAGGACAUCCUCGUUCGCUAUGACAGGACAUUGCUUGUUGCGGAUCCAAGGCGCUGCGAGCCCAAGAAGUUUGGUGGACGUGGUGCUCGUUCCAGGUUCCAGAAAUCCUACCGUUAAUUGGCAGUUUGGAAGUCUAAUACAAAGUGGUUGUGCUAUCUCGUUUAGUAAGCCGUCCGUUCAAGUUUUGGUUUAUCUGCUCUAAUGAACUUUUGAUUAUUAUUUCAGCUUUUGUGGAACUCAUUCUGAAGUUUUAAACUAUGGUUAUUGUGUUUCUCAUUUACUUUCCGUUUACAUGUGUUUGAUACCUAAAUAUUUCCGUCUGUGAUGAAGUCUGCUGUUGAAAUGCUGCACUUAAUCAGCGAUGAAGCAUAUGUGUUUUCAAUAUCUGCUAUUUACAUUAGCUGUUUCUAUUAGUAAUCCAAUUUUGUAACAUUUUCAGCAUAUUCUUUCAAAAUAACUAGGUUUUGUUUGGGUGUUUAUUUGGCUGAUAAGCUGAGAUUGAUUUAGAUUGGGAUCCUCUGCCGUGCGGGCAGAGUGUCUUUGGGCAGGGAGGCCAUCCGAUAAGUUGAAAUAUUGAUCAGACGACUCCCGAAAGCCGGGCAUGGUACCUUGCUUGAAAGUAAGGCAGAGAAACGGGAUCGGAUUGAUUUAUGAAUGUUUUUUCCUUCUUUUCAGUCUGAUAACCACACCAAACAGGCUUUCAGUAAAUCAAUUCGUUUUUUUAUAUGUAUGAGCAUCUGAUACCAGACUAUGUUAUAGGAUACAUUAAAAUGAUUAUGCAUUGUUGUGCUUAUCUUGUGUAAGAACCUUCUACUGGACAGGGUUUUAUUUGAAUGGGCACUUAAAGACUUACUUGUGUUGGCCGUUUGUAGUUAUUGAUUCCUCUAAGCUUAAUUUUUCUUUCACAAUGUGUUACCGGUUUCUUUUUAUUACAAAAAAUUGAGUUUUUUAUAAAAUCUAGGUUUGUCUGAUCGAACAUCCAAAAAUAUUACUCCACUAGUAAGAAUUUGAAUGUUAAAUUAUUUUCAGAUGUUCUUUUUAACAUUUUCUCUUGGAUAAACGUCAAUUUAGGAUUUAAUAACCUUAUUUUAAAGAACCAC